AUGACUGACCCAAAAUCCCCCCGGUCCAAGAAAAUUCUCUUGCUAACCAAUGUUGAGCGUGGCGAGGCAAAUGUGUUCCUAUCAACUGCACACGCUCUGAUAGAGGCCGAUCCCAAUGUCGAGCUCCACUUUGCAACUUUUGCAGGCUUGGAUGCAGACGUGGCCUCGGUUUGGGAAGAGGCUCGCAGAAAAGUGCCCCAGGCAAAGCCCAUAGUCUAUCAUGAACUUACGGGUGUGUCGAUGGGCACGGGAAUCAUGCAGUACUUUAUGAGGAAGAAUCCCGAACAGAAAGAAAUCACACUGCCAGAGUCCUACAUGGCCAAGCCGGGCUUCUCCACUACCCUCCAGGCCAUCAAAGACACCAUCCCCAUCUUCAUCCCCUAUGAGGGUCCCCAACUGGUCGAGGUCGUCGCCUCCAUUAUGGAAGUUAUCAAGACAGUUGAUGCCGACCUUGUGGUGGUCAACAGCCUCAUGACUCCGGGUUUGACUGCCUGCUAUCAUAUGGGAGUCAAAUUCAGUUGCCUCAGCCCUAAUGCUAUCAAGGAAUUUGCAGCCCCGUUCCAGCCACGGCUUGAGAAUCUGUGGAAAUACCCGGCGCUCUUUUCUAGGUUUUCAUACCCCAUACCGUGGUAUUUGAAGCCUAUCAAUGUGCUUUACAUUCUCUUUGCCGUUUACUCCUUUGAGAAAGACCCGCACAGACGAGAGGUGCAAAAGUACCUUUCAUCCCAGGCUGGCAUGACACUGAGAACGCCUGUCGACUUGCUUCGGGAUCGACCAGACACACUGAAGAUUCUCGUCAGCACUCUCCCUGAGCUGGACUUUCCAGUUUAUGUUCCUCCUCAUGUCAUCCCUUGUGGCCCUAUCCUCCGUAUUGCCCCUCCGAUCUCGGAAACGGAUCCAAUGCUGGAGAGCUGGCUCGCCAACGGACUAACUAUCUACUUCAACCUGGGGUCUCUCUGUUCUAUUGCAGAGGACCAGGCAGUGGAGAUUGCACUAGCCCUGAAGUCGGUGCUAGACACAGUCAAGCAGCAAUCCGCUGACUCUCACCUACAAGUUCUCUGGAAGUUGAAGAAGCACGGAGAGUACGAGGUCUAUGAGGAGGGCUGCAAAAUUCGGGAAAUUCUUGGCAAAGAACUCCAAGCUGAUCUUGUGAGAAUCGUUGACUGGGUUCUUGCUGAGCCCAUUUCCGUCCUCACGUCUGGACACAUUGCCUGCUCUGUACAUCACGGAGGCGCAAAUUCCUACAAUGAAUCUGUUGUUGCCGGUGUCCCUCAGGUGGUACUGCCAUUGUGGACAGACUGCUAUGAAUACGCACAGCGCGUGGAGAUGCACGGAAUUGGUCGGUGGGGAACGAGGGUUUCAAAGCCAAAGUGGACUGCUGAAGAGCUUACGAGAGAGCUCUUGAUCGUGUUGCAUGGUGAAAGAUCUGACGCGAUGAAAAUAAGGGCAAAGGAGUUGGCAACGGUCUGCAAAAGCAAUGGUAAUGGUGCUGUAGUCGCAGCUAGGAUGCUCCUGGAAGAGUGCGAGAAGUGA